CAAAUGAUUGUCUCUCAGAUUAUUGUCCUUAGGGAAGUGAUGUUAACAAUUAAGAGCAAGGAGAUGAGGAAAGUCUGUUCUGGCUGUAUAGCCAGUUCAAUAGAACUGGGAAAUGACAGGGUUUCCUCUCAGGCAGUGUUUUUGGUGGGGAAAAAAUAGACCAGCAAUCAGAAUUUAGCUUCCCGUUACUUCUUUUGACACCAAUAGGGGUGAAUGGUGCUCAGGAGUGCCCGGUGUCAAGAUUAUUGUCCUUAGGGAAGAGGUGUUAAAAAUUAAGAGCAAGGAGGUGAGCUGAGUCUGUUCUGGCUAUAUAGACAGUUGAAUAGAACUGGGAAAAGACAGGGUUUCCUCUCAGGCAGUGUUUUUGGUGGGAAAAAAAAUACACCAGCAAUCAGAAUUUAGCUUCCCAUUACUUCUUUGACAGCAAUAGGGGUGAAUGGUUUGCUCCUAAACACCUACAGAAUAAGGAAAUGUGCAUCUAGCUCACAGGAUGGAUGACUAAAUUUCCCCAAAACUUCUUGACAGGUCCAAGGUUGGUGUGAAAGAAAACACUUACUAUGAUCACAUCUGUCUCUGGAGCAAGAGUAAUCCAGGUCUGAAUCAGUGUUUUCUUCACUGCUACUAGGGAUUCAUCAAGUGAGAGAGGAUUACAUCACAAUGGGCUCUCACCUGAACUUUCACCGCCUGGUAUAUGCUGUUGGGAUAUCCAUAAGAGAUCGCCCAGGAAUGGUGGAUCACUUGCUGCCUACCGAUGAAUGCUUUUCAUCUACAAGAUCUUCACUUGGAUACUUUGGGGACAUGACAGCGGGGGUGAGGUCCUACCAAAUGCUACCCUCUCCCCUGUCAGAAGAUGACAGCGACUCCUCCAGCUUUUGUUCUUGUUCUAGCCCUGACUCCCAGGUUCUCAGCUCCAGCUAUGGAAGCACGUCUAGUGCAGAAAGCCAGGACAGUAUCUUAGACUACUUACUGUCCCAGGCAUCUUUGGGGAGCACCACUGCAUCAUGGUGGGACAAAAGGAGACUUCAGCCGGUAGUGAAAGAGGAGUACUUUAGGUUGCCUGAAUUUGCUGUGGAUAUGGAAGACUCAGGACCAUUUCAGCCCACGCUUGAGGAAAUUGAGGAAUUUCUGGAGGAGAACAUGGAGUUGGAGCUCAAAGACAGACCUAAAAGCGAGACCAAGGACUUGAGAGCUUGCAGCCAAGUUUCUGUUUCUUCACUACAGCCAAAAGACCAUAUGUUACCCAGCACUAGUUUAAAAGAGAGUAAAAACGAGCAGCUGAGCAGCUCGACAGAAGGUGGCCAAGCUUCCAAUGGAGGAAUGACCCUGGAGAAUGGGAUACCAGUUAUGCUUCAGAUUCAGCCUGUACAGGUCAAACAGGAGUCCAACACAAGCCCCAGUUCCCAAGGACCAGCACAAGAGAACAUUAAAAUUGCACAGCUCCUAGUCAACAUCCAAGGACAAACGUUUGCCCUUGUGCCUCAGAUAGUUCAGUCGUCCAAUUUGAACUUGUCCUCUAAGUUUGUCCGCAUUGCUCCUGUCCCCAUCGCCGCCAAGCCAAUUGGGCCGGGGGGCGUGAUCCAGGGUCAGACAGGAAUCAUCAUGGGUCAGAAAUUUCAAAAGACCCCUGCAGCAGAACUCAUUAAAAUGCACAAAUGUUCUUUUCCUGGGUGUACCAAGAUGUACACAAAAAGCAGCCAUUUGAAAGCCCACCUGAGGAGACAUACAGGAGAAAAGCCUUUUGCCUGCACGUGGCCAGGUUGCGGAUGGAGGUUCUCCAGGUCAGAUGAGCUGUCCCGGCACAGGCGCUCCCACUCGGGGGUGAAACCUUAUCAGUGUCCUGUCUGUGAGAAGAAGUUUGCUCGGAGCGACCACUUGUCCAAACACGUCAAGGUGCAUCGGUUCCCACGAAGCAACCGCUCCGUCCGCUCCGUGAACUGACUGCUCCCACUUUCCCCUUCCUGCCCAGCCACCCUACAACAGCUGACGACAGCACUUUGCUCACUGUGUUUCUAGCGAUAAUUUAUUUGUCUCCACAGAACAGUCAAUGCUGUUACUUGAUACCACCGUGUCUGAGUGUCCCAUGUCCCCUAAAGAUGAUUUGAGAAUGAAGUUCUUUUUGGGUCAAGGGAGGGGGGAUGCUUCUUCCUUUUGUCCUUUUGUUUUGUUUUCUUUUUAAGGAUGUUGCUUUCCUUUCUUGUCUUUCCCUCCUUUGCUGCUGCUGCUGCUUUUGGAAAUUACAGUGUUUUAUUUUUAGCUGUUUUCUGCUGCACAGGAAAAUGUAAGAGUUGCUUGCUGCUAGUUAAUUAUAGCCCUGGCAUUCCUCAGGGCUUUGCUCAUGUACAGGCCAUUCAUUGUGAGUUUUUAUUAAGCUGCUCUAUUUGUCCAGUUUGGAAACAGCAAAUUCCUUUUGAAAUGAAAACAACUCCUUUGUUUUUGGGUUGCCUGAGCCAAGGGUUUGUAGGGGCUGGCCAUAGGAGGAGGAACAGUGGGAGUCAGGGACAGGGGGAGGCAAGGCGUGAAGAGUGCUGGAACGUGCCUCUCUGCCUUCUUGGGCUCACGUUUACCUUUUCCUUGGCUAGGGCCAUAUAUAAAUAUUUAUGUAUAUAUAUUAAUACAUACAUAUAUUUUUAUAUAUAUGUAUUUAAGCAAAGGCAUGUCCCAGGCAAACCUGGAAGCUCAGGCUGGAUGAAAUGGCUUGGAGUGAAGCCUUGCGGUGUGGCUGAGCACAUACCAUGUGCAUGCUUCUCCUGUCCUGUGCUGCCGAGGGGUGAAAGGAUGCCCAUGCAUCGGAGGCAAUGCUCCUCUCCUUUGACUCUGAUUGGCAGCAUCCACUGUCGUUAGCAGGAGAGCUGUUGUCUAGUGCACGCAGCAGCAGAAAGACAUUUGUGAGAAUUGCUGAGUUCUGUGCCUGUCUCUGCUCCUGUCCUCUUGUGUCAUCUUCAGAGAGAAAGCAGAGCACCAGCCCGGGAGGUGCCCGGUGGCGCUGAUAAGCACUGGGCAUCCCGAGCAUCCGCUGCGAGUCAGUGCCUCGCUGGUUGGAGCUAAGCCUCUGUCUGCCCUCUGGUCGGCAGGGUCUUGUAGGAUGCACCUGCACCUGGCGGAGGUGGGCAGGGAGGCAUCAUGGCCUGGUGGGGCAGCGCCGUGAGAUCUUCUGUCCAGGGGGACAGCUUCAGUGCUAAUCCUCUCCUUACCAACAGCCAUGUCAGAGCUCCAUGCAGCUGGGGUGGGCGAACGGGUGAGAACAGUAGCCAAAAGAAACAAAUUUGUGUGGUAGCUGGCUAAGAAGGGAAUUUAAACAAAUAAUCAGAUGGUAGCAGGCAAAUGAUUCUGUUUGUGUUUCUUUGCUUUGGUUUUUGUUUUUUUUUCUGUUCCUUUUGAACUCUGGCGGUUGUAAGAAGCUUUAGAAGCAAAUAGAAUUCAGUAAUUAGGAACGAUUUUAUAAUGGAUGUUGCAUUUCCUUCCCAUUCACAGGCAGCAUCUGUUUGUCCCCUAUUUUUGUGUUGGCAGAAUGGGAAAUAGGAAGCUGCAAUUCUAGCACAAGGCAGAGCAGGAGCCUGUGCUGUGCCAGAACAGCAGGUCUAAGCUAAAGCAAAUGCAUUCCUUUUUUUUUUCCUUUCCUGUCCUCUAGAAAUUAAUAUAAAUGAACUAUCAUCUAUUGACUGGUUUAUAUCACAUCCUAUGAAUGUAUGUAAAUAAAACUGUACAUAGGUGCAUAUCUAUAUAAAAUAUCUUUUAAUAACGUAGCAAAAUUUGUGUAAAUUGGAAACAAAACCAACCAAACAACAACAACAAAAAAAAAUACCUAUAAAGCCAGUGUACAUAAGUUACAAUUCUGUAUAUUUUUCUUUUGUUCUUCAUAAAAAAAUAUAUUUACUUUGACAAUAAAAUGAAAAUGGAAAUUUUAAA